AUGAUGAAUCGUAAAUCUACCAACCGAAUGAGGGAUUCACCAAAAUAUGGAACAAGAUAUGGAAAAAUGAAUAACAGAAGUACAAGGAAAUCUUGUCAUAUAUUGUCUUUGUCCUUAAACACGAGCAAGGGCCUAGAAUUAAAAUGUAUCCCCUAG